GUCAAAGUCAAUAUAAUCUGUGGUCAAUAUAUUAAAUAAAAAUGUCGGACAAUGAAGAUUUAUUGGGCGAUGAUCUUGGUGAUCAUAGCCUUGCAGAUUAUAAUCUAGGAAACGAAGAAGAGGAGCAACUUCUAGCUGAUGACUAUGAAACUGGGUCUUCACAAAAUGUGCCAACUUCGAUUGGUCCGGGUUAUGGAAACGGCGUUGACAUGGUUACUACGGAGUAUACUGGAAAUGGCAUCGAUUAUGGCCAGCCAAUGUCGUUCCAGCCCGCGGUGGAGGCGGAGUGUGUGGUACCCAACAUAACGGUGGAGGUGGCCAACGCACCGUUACCAGAACACUCGACGUACGCACCGUACGAGCCUCCCGUGUACAGGCCUGAGCAUGCUGUCGUUCCGCCUCCCAUACCAGCAACAGUACCUGCGGAAUCGUCACAAAUAGUUCCCUCAGAGAUGGCAGCACCUGUGCCUAACAAUGUGGAGGGCGGCGGCCGCGAGCGGUUCACAUCCGAGCGGCCGGCGCACGCGCCGCGCCAGCCGCAGCUCAGGGACAUCCCCGACAGUUUAGACAAAGUGAUAGUCCCGCGCGGGCCGGCCGCCGCCUGGGGCCGCGCCUGGCGGCCGCCGCACGUCUACCGCCGCCGCCACCACCGGGGAAGCUUCAACCACCGAGCACCGUUUCCCCCUCAACAAUUACGACAGAGCCCCCCACGAGUACGACCAAGUCCUCCGCAAAUACGACCAAGUCCCCCACAGGUUCGGCCAGAUAUUUGUCCUGAUAUUCGGCCCGAAAUAACGCCAGAUGUACGACCAGAUCUUCGUCCUGGCAUACACCCUGAUAUUCGACCAGAUAUAAGGCCGGAUAUUCGACCGCCAGUAGGACCGAUGCCCUUGGAUCCCCCCAUGGAACCCGAUCAUAGGCCUCUCCCAAUGGGCCCCGAAAUAUCCCCAGAGAGACCAAUGCUUCAAGAGGUACCAUUCAGACCUCUCGAGAAUCGACCAUUCGGGCCUAAUUUUCAAAGAUUCCCCAAUCAAUUCAGGCCAAACAUGGAAGAGCCGAGGAUGUUUGGGCCAAAUGUUAGGCCGAGUUUCGACCCUCGCCCCAUGUAUCCUUACCCUCGCCAGGCCAAUCCUAGGGCUCCUGGGCCUUUCGGGCCUCCUGUUAGGGAAAUAGCGCCGUAUCCUAUUCCUCAAGUGACCAUAAGGCAACCCUUGCCGGGGUUGCCAUUGGCUAAACUGGACAAGUUUGGUGGGAAAGUGGUGGGGAGGGAGCAGGAGGUGCGGAUGUUGCCGCUGCAGCUGCCGCCCGGCGGGCUGGCGGGGAAGAAGGUGCUCAUCAAUCCACACUUCAAAGGAAACAUUCAGCCACCUGUUGAAGGGCUGCCACUGCCUACGUAUAUACCGACGCGGAUACAGAGGUCGCCACCGCUCAGCCCGACGCUGGAGAGCAAAUUCGGGCCAAUAAAGGACAUUGACCAGGCGGCCGAGCGGUUCAUAGCGGAGCAACGAGAUGCCCUAGCGAGGGCGGCUGCGAGGAAGUUUGCACCAGCACACCCGCCACGUCGGGAUCCGCAGAGGUACAUAGAGAAUACGACGAUAGAAAUAGAAAACGAGCUGGCCACCAGCAGCGGCGGCGGUGGCGGCGGCGGCGGCGGGGCGGUGGCCGCGCGGCGGAACAGCGACGACGAGCUGCUGCUGCGCCAGGAGGCCUUCAUCAGCGCCAACCGCGCCGGCCUGCGCAGGAGGAUGCGGUCGCCGUCCCCGGGCCGGCGGUCGCCGUCGCCGCGCCGCUCGCCCGAACGUCGCCGUCCCACGCCGCCCCGCGACGAGGAGAGCGAGUACCGGCGGCGGCUGCGCGAGCAGGAGAGCCUGCGCGAGCGCGUGCUGCGCGCCAAGGAGCUGCGCCGCCGGAGGAGCGCCGCCGCGCUGCAGCGCCAGCUGCACCACAGGGAGCACGAGCGUCUCGAGAAAGAGAAGGAGCUGCCGAAAGUAGAAGAAGCCAAAGUGGACGCGGAGAAGCCUAGCACCACGAGUGUAGAGCAGGACAGCAAACCAGAUACGACCAGGGCUUCGCCGGAGAAGGUAGUGAAAGUGGAGAAGUUCAGAGAGAGGUCGCCGGUGAAGAAGGAGACGGCAGAAGUUAAUUCUACUAGUGAGUCGCUGACGCCGCCCGCGAGGCCGCGCGCCGCCAGCCACGACCGCGCCCUCACACCGCCGCUGCCCGCCACCACCACGCCCACCACCGCCACCACUACCACCGCCACCAACGCUACCACCGCCGCCACCACCGCCCGCCACGACUCGGACGACGAUCUCGACCUCAUACUCGGCGACAUCGACGGCAUCCUCUCCGACGACGACGACACCGGCCGCUUCAAGCACAUCGCCCAAUCUCCCGCGCCGUCCCCGCCUAAAGACCUCCGGUCGCGGCUGCCAGCACGCGGCCGCCAGCAGCCCCCAGCUCGGCAGAAGAUCGUCUUCACCAGCCGGACAGAAAAGUCACCCCCGAGCCGAGCUGCAGCCAGCAGCUCCACGGCGGAGGAUACGGAGAACGUUCAGAAAACUGCCAAUAAGACAAAGCAGAAGGUGGAAACAAACACAACGAAGAUUAGGCAAAGAAUUACAUUUGAUAAAAAGGAGCCCGCGAAAGAGGACAAGAAAUCCCAACCACAACAAUCCUUCCCCAACCGACGGGUGAUACUCCAAACGAAAACGCAAACCAAAGAGAAAUCAGUAUUCUCCCGUAUAGAGAGCAAAAACGAUCCCAGCAAGCCCAACCCUGGGAUAUUCAGUAGGGCGGUCCGAACCGCCAUAGGCUCGGAGAAGCCCCGUAUUGUGAUAAAGAAACAGGAAGAGCCACAAAUUGAGUACAACUCGGACUCGGAUGUGGACGAGGAGAGGUAUCUGAGUGAUGGGACCGUUGCCAUGGUAACGAACUUGCCCGACGGCAUCACGGAUACACGGCUGAAGACGCUCGCGGGAAGCGACGUGCAGAGCUUAAAUUUGGACAAAGAGGAACGCAGCGCGAAAAUAACGUUUAAAUCAUCCACAGCAGCUGAAGGAUUCAAGAAGAAAUUCAACAAUAAAAUGGUCUCCAAAAGUAAAUUGACCGUUACAAUACAUUAAUAAUGAAUACCUUAAUAAAUUGUAUCUCUAGUUUUAACAUUUUCUCAAAUUGUAAUAUUUUUCUCAAAUUGUAAUAUUUUGUUUGUUAUUUACCGCAAUUAUAACCUUUGCCUAGACUGUAUUACAUACGGAUUAAAAUAUUUACCUUUAUCGACUGUUGUUUGUAAUAUUAGUGUUGUAACAUGAAACAGUGUAAUAUCUUCUCUUAAUGUAAUAUUACUGUAAACAAUUACAAUAUAAUAAUCUGCUAGAAAAAAUAAUUGCUGAAAAAUAUAUUAAAAUUAAUAAUCUAUCGGAUUUUA